AUGUUUAUAGAAGAGCGGAUUAUAACACUUUUUAAAAGGAACUUUCACCACACCUGUACCUACUGGAGUGUGUUCUUCAGUUUUGGACUGUGUAUAGCCUUCCUGGGACCCACCAUAUUGGACUUGCGAUGUCAAACCCAGUCUACACUGAGCCAGAUCACCUGGGUCUUCUUCUCCCAGCAGUUCUGCCUGCUCAUCGGCAGCUCGAUCGGAGGGGUCUUCAAGAAAACGUUGUUCAGUGCUCUAGCUGCACUGUUCUUGUCCUCGCUACUCAUCUCUAUAAUAUUUGCCAUCAUCCCCCUCUGCCAUAAUGUGCUGCUGUUGGCUAUUGCCAUGGCUGUGUCCGGUCUGGCCAUGGGCAUCAUUGACACCAUCGCCAACAUCCAGCUGGUCGCCAUAUAUCAGAAGGACUCGGCUGUCUUUCUCCAGGCCCUCCACUUCUUCAUUGGGUUCGGGGCGCUGGUGAGUCCUCUGAUUGCUGAUCCCUUCCUGUCUGAGACAGGCUGCAAGGUGGGGAACGUGACAGAAAAUGUGACCGAGAUCAUGCACCACUUCAGGAACACACUGAGGAACAGCCCCAUUGUGAUGCACAACGUGUCCGUGGACCACCUGCCCCUAGCAGAGGAGCCAGAGGAGUCCAUCGUGUCCUACGCCUUCUGGAUCAUGGCAAUGAUCAAUCUGCCAGUGCCAAUGGCAGUGUUAUUCCUGAUGUACCAGGAGCAGUUGAUCCCCUGCUGCCGCAGCACCACACCUCAUUUGCUGGACAAAGACGAGCUGGCCAUGGAGAACCAGGGGGCCGAGGGGCCUGACACAGAACCUAAAGACCAGGAGGAGGGAGGAGGUCAUGGGGAUAUCUUCAGCUGCUGUCAGAAUAACAACCUGCGUGAGUUGCCUGUGUCCUUCUUUGGGAUUCAUAUCGUUGGUGGAAUGGUCCUGUUCAUGACCGAUGGCAUUGUGGGUGCGUAUGCAGGCUUUGUGUACACAUAUGCAGUAUCUCCCCCCAUUUCUCUACCUAAUAAGACUGCGGGAUACCUGGUCAGUAUCUUCUGGGCAGCCAUUACUGCAGGACGUCUGGUGUCCAUCCCUCUCACCUUCCGCUUCCAGCCCGUUCGACUGCUCAUGAUUAAUCUGGCUGGUGUCAUUGUCACAGUGUUGUUGCUGCUCGUCCUCGACACCAGCAGUAUAUUCCUGUUUGUUGGGACCACUCUACUGGGCCUGUUCCUCAGCAGCAUCUUCCCCUGUAUGCUGGCUUACACUGAGGACAUCCUGGACUACCAAGGAUGUGCAACCUCAGUUCUGGUAACAAGUGCUGGGAUGGGAGAAAUGGUCAUGCAAGUCCUUGUUGGAUCGAUCAUCCAGAGUGAAGGCAGCUAUAGUUUCCUGCUCUGUGGCAUGAUCAUCGGUUGUAUGGGCUCCAUCCUCUUCUUCGGGCUGCUGUUCUUACAUCGCAUGCACAGGAAAUACCUCACUGGAACCUCAGUGAAGUCAGCCAUGGUGGAGGAGCUCCCACCACCAGCAGCAGCAGCAGCAGCAGCAGCAGUAGACAGUAAAACAGAACAGAAGGAGAGUAGCUGA